AAAUUUUGUUAAGUACCAUAUUUUCCUGAAUUAUGUUCCGAACUAUAAAUUACCAACCACGAAAACAAAAAUUCAAACACUUGUAGUUACUGAAAAACCUUGGUAAGAUGAGAUACAGCCUAUUGAUCUUUUCGGUGAUUUCAUCACUUUCUUUCUCUUUGGCUUGUCCAAAAGAAGAUUGGCAAAAACAAAAGCAAGAUGCGCAAGAAAAAUGUCAGAAAACCGUUAAAAUUGAUCCAAAGAUCGUAGAAGAUAUCAAAACCAAUGGAGUAGAUAAACCAGACGAAACAGUGAAGGAAUUCAUACUCUGUUUAGCAUUUAAUAAUGGUUUCAUUGACAAGGACGGAAAUUUACAAAUGGACACGAUAAACAAACACCUCAAGGAGCAAGGUGUGUCUGAGGAGAAGAUAGACGAAGCAAACGAGAAAUGUGAUAUCAAGAACAAAGAUGAUACUCCGUUAUUGCCUGUUGCUUAUUAUCAGUGCUAUGGUAAAUACUUACCUAGAGAUGUAUUAGUCAUUUGAUUUGGAUUAAUAUAUGGCAAAGUUCAUUUUUCUGUUAGUUCAAUCAACAAUUUUUUGCGAAGAGCAAUUGAGUUUAAUCUGAUUGUGAAAAAAUGCAAAUAUUUUCGUUAUCAACAAUAAACUGAUUAUUAUUAUUA